CCGGGCGAGCCGUGCUUCUGCCCCGCUAGGGGCGUCCUCGCAGGUCCCCGGCGAGGUCACGACAAUCUGUCCCAGCCACGAACCGACCCGGGGCCGUGAGGCCAAGGGUCGGGGCGGCGUGGGGAGGCCAAGGGGCUGCAGAGCUGGUUCCGGGGGGUCCAGGCAGCCUUGGGGAGGCGGGAGAUCGCAGCCCCGCAACCCGGACUGACCGUCCUGGAGUCCUGGCGCCCAGCCGAGUGUGCGGGGCCAGGCUGUGGACCCUCAGGGUCUCCUGCCCAAGCCUUGGCUGCCCCCGGGGUCUCGCCCUCACCCUCCCAGCUCCGAUCACUAAGCUGGGGCAUUUCUUGGGGUUUGCACCACCCUAGCCUCGAAGCCAGUAGCACUGAAAUAUAGAUUCGGCCAAGGGUUCCUUCCCUAGAUAGGGAGAGGGGGGCAGAGCGUGCGUGGGUCCUCCGCCGCCACCGAGGUCUCUGCAGGGUGGGCUUGGCCGCGGUGCCCCCCCACUUCUCGGGAGGAGGGCCCAGCGAUGCGCUGUGACCGUGCCGCCUCCAUGUGGCUGCUGACGGGCCCAGGGGGGGAGCAGGCAUGGGGCGCGGCCGCGCCUCCCUCCCACCCCUCCUCGCGGACUGCUGGCUAGGCUAUGAGCAGACGUGAGGGGCCAGCCUCCGGCCCGGCUCUGCAGGACGCUGCUCGGCACCCGCGCGUCGCUCCCUCCACGCCCGGGGCCAGGAGCGGCUGUGCGCGGGGGGCUCCCGAGGCCCGGCGGGCGAGCGCAAGCCCCCGGCUUCGCUAUGGGGCACAACAACAGCUGGGUGUCACCGAACGCCAGCCACCCGCGCAACACGUCGGGUGCCGAGGCUGGCGCCAACCUCAGCGCGCUCGGGGAGCUGAGCGAGGCGCAGCUGUACCGCCAGUUCACAACCACCGCGCAGGUAGUCAUCUUCAUCGGCUCGCUGCUCGGAAACUUCAUGGUGUUAUGGUCAACUUGCCGCACAACCGUGUUCAAAUCUGUCACCAACAGGUUCAUUAAAAACCUGGCCUGCUCUGGGAUUUGUGCCAGCCUGGUCUGCGUGCCCUUCGACAUCAUCCUCAGCACCAGCCCUCACUGCUGCUGGUGGAUCUACACCAUGUUCUUCUGCAAGAUUGUCAAGUUCCUACACAAAGUCUUCUGCUCUGUGACCAUCCUCACUUUCCCUGCCAUUGCCCUGGACAGGUACUAUUCAGUCCUCUAUCCUCUGGAGAGAAAAAUAUCUGAUGCCAAGUCUCGGGAGCUAGUGAUGUACAUCUGGGCUCAUGCAGUGGUGGCCAGUGUCCCUGUGUUUGCCGUGACCAAUGUCGCCGACAUCUAUGCCAUGUCCACCUGCACGGAAGUCUGGAGCAACUCCUUGGGCCACCUGGUGUAUGUUCUGAUCUACAAUGUCACCACGGUCAUUGUGCCUGUGGCUGUGGUAUUCCUCUUCCUAAUCCUGAUCCGGAGGGCUCUGAGUGCCAGCCAGAAGAAGAAAGUCAUCAUUGCUGCACUGAGGACCCCACAGAACACCAUCUCCAUCCCCUAUGCCUCCCAGCGGGAGGCUGAGCUACAUGCCACCCUGCUCUCCAUGGUGACAGUUUUCAUCCUCUGCAGCGUUCCCUAUGCCACCCUGGUUGUCUACCAGACUGUGCUCAAUGUACCUAAUGCUUCCGUCUUCUUGCUUCUCACUGCCAUUUGGCUGCCCAAAGUCUCUCUGUUGGCCAACCCUGUGCUCUUCCUAACGGUGAACAAAUCCGUCCGCAAGUGCUUGGUAGGGACCCUGGUGCAGCUGCACCACCGGUACAGUCGCCGAAACGUGGUCAGUACUGGGAGUGGGGUGGCUGAGGCCAGCCUGGAGCCCAGCAUGCGUUCUGGUAGCCAGCUCUUGGAGAUGUUCCACAUCGGGCAGCAGCAGAUCUUUAAGCCCUCAGAGGAUGAGGAAGAGAGUGAGGCCAAGUGUCUUGGCUCAGCUGAUUUCCAGGCCAAGGAAGUACUCACCUCCUGCCCAGAGGGAGAUCAGGAGCCAGAGCUUGCCCCCUCUGUACCACCUCCAGGCACAGUGGACUCUACAUCUCAGGUGGCCCCGGUAGCCCCUGUGGAACAUGGGAUAUUCCCGGAUAAAUAUUCUCUGCAGUUUGGCUUUGGGCCUUUCGAGUUGCCCCCUCAGUGGCUCUCUGAGACCCGAAAUAGCAAGAAGAGGCUGCUUCCCCCACUGGGCAAUACCCCAGAAGAGCUGAUCCAGACAAAGGUGCCCAGGGUAGGCAGGGUGGAGCGGAAGAUGAGCCGAAACAAUAAAGUGAGCAUUUUCCCAAAGGUAGACUCCUAGCGAGGACUGUGAGUGCCUGGAAGCAACAGGGAGCUUGUGUAUUCCUGCUCUCCUGUACUCUGGCUGCAAGCCUCUGUGGGGUGAUUCCUCCUAUCUGGGCAAAAGGAAAGUUUACAUAAAAUCCAGUGUCCUCUUUAUUGAGGGAGUAUAUAUCUAAGUGAUCUGUUUCCUUAAUCAAACCCUCUGUAAGCUGGACAGUAUGGAACAGGUCUGGGGGUCCUUUAUGCAUAUUUUCUGGGGGGCUCCUCCUUUCCCUGUGCAUAGGAAAGAGCCCAAAGGGAGCAGGUACUCUGAGGAGGCCCAAGAUAAUUAUGGGCUGCAAUGGUCACAAAGGUAAAGUUGUUGUUGUUGUUGUUUUAAUUUUGUUUUGUUUUUUUUGAG